UAAAAGAAAAGACAAAAAAGAAAAACGAAAGACGAGAGUCAAAUCUCCUUCGCUCGAGUUGGCAUUUUCACGAACACUCGGCCGUCGCCGCCGGAUCACCACCACUCCGCCGCAUCCUUCCGCUUCCCGCCGAUCUAUCCUCCGCCGAUCACUGCCCCGCUCGCGGCAUUGCCCCCUCCGAGGAAGAAGCUUCGGAAUGCGGACGGAGGAGCAGCUGCUGCUCCGGGACUCGAUCUGCUGAUUGGUCGGUUCGUGGCUGUUGCGGUCCCUCUCUCCGGUUGUGUGAUUCCUCGACAUGGACCCGAACGCGCCGAGUACUGUCGAUUUCCUCAUCGCAAUCUACUUCGCCGUCGCACUCGUCGCCGCCCGCUUCUUCUGCGACAGAUUCAUCUUCCGAAGACUUGCACUCUGGUUGCUGCGCGAUGGGCCCACUCCACUUAAGAUUAACAAGGCUGUUCAAGCGAAGAUCAGUAAGAUCUCGGAAUCUAUGUGGAAGCUAACGUACUAUGCUACUGUUGAAGCGUUUGUUCUGUCGAUCACCUACCAAGAGCCAUGGGUUAGAGACACAAAAGAGUAUUUCAGAGGCUGGCCCAAUCAAGAACUGAAGCUUUCCCUUAGGCUUUUCUACAUGUGCCAAUGUGGUUUCUACAUCUACAGCAUUGCUGCCCUACUUACAUGGGAGACUCGAAGGAAGGAUUUUGCUGUCAUGAUGUCUCAUCAUGUAAUCACUGUCAUCUUAAUUGGUUACUCCUUCUUGACGAGGUUUUUUCGGAUUGGCUCUAUUAUUCUUGCACUCCAUGAUGCCAGUGAUGUGCUGAUGGAAGCUGCAAAAGUCUUUAAGUAUUCUGAGAAGGAGUUCAGAGCAAGCCUGUGCUUUGCAUUAUUUGCCAUCUCGUGGCUCGUACUAAGGCUUAUAUUCUUCCCCUUUUGGGUCAUCAAAGCAUCUAGCUAUCACUUAUGUGAAUUUUUGCCGCUAUCAGAAAUCUAUGGCUGUUCAUUAUACUACGUCUUCAACACGAUGCUUCUGACUCUGCUUGUGUUCCAUAUUUACUGGUGGGUUCUUAUAUGCUCAAUGAUCAUGAAGCAGCUAAAAAACAGAGGCAAAGUGGGAGAAGAUAUAAGAUCUGAUUCGGAGGAUGAUGACUAGAUGGAAGUCUUGGCUCAUCCAAAUUAGUUCUUCAUGAGGAAGCUAGUUACGGGAGCGUGGCAUCUUUUGCCUCUCUUGUUGGUCGGCGAGUUGUCAUUGAUCGCAAGAAGUUGAAAAAUUCUAUGGUCCCUGAUUUUUGUUCGACCCCUUUUGGGACGGUAUUGGAGAGGUAGGGUAACGAAGGAAAUCUUUCCCAGUUUUUUUCCCCUCGUGCUAUAUAAUUCAUAGGCUAUUCCUCGUGUAAUCUCUCUUUCCGCUCAUACGAUAGACAGAUUCGAUUAAUUGAGAAUGUCCCGAAAUGGACAAGAAGAAAAACGCGGCUGUCCUUUUCGGGGAGUUGUUUUUCCCUCA